AAAACAAAACAUUUUGAAUUUUGAAAACUGGAAAUAACUUUGAAUUGGUGAAAGGGAGGGAGGUUUACCAUUAUAGCAGAAAAUAUAGGUAAAAUGCAAAGGUUAAAAGCCGAGGAGCAUGCUCACUUAUCUGGGAGCGUGUUAAAAUCUUUGGCACAAAAUCGCAUAACUACAAUUUUAGAGUUCCUACAGGAGGAUGCAGGAAAGUUAUCAACUCUCACAAAAUUAACUCUCCCUCAAGUCUUGGACAUAAGAAACGCUAUUUUAAACAAAUAUGCGGCUCCUUUAAUAAAACUUGGUUCAUUAAAACUUGAUACUUUAGAUAAAAGAAAAUGUUUAAACACUGGUAUUCUCAGUUUAGAUACUGCUACAGGCGGUGGGAUACCAAUGGGUUAUAUUACUGAGUUGUGUGGUCUGGCCGAUUCAGGCAAAACACAACUGUGUUUACAACUAGCCAUAAACAGUGUAAAGAAUUCAGAGAGUAGUGUACUUUAUAUAGAUACCAAAGGAGACUUCUCCGCUGUGAGGGUACAGAAGAUAUUAGAUGCUUGUGGCUAUUCACAUAAGGAAAUGGCAUUAAUAAUGAUCAAAAUAAAAAUAGUCCAUGUAUGGACAAUGGAAGAGCUAUUAGAUUUCCUCAAGAAACUUAAAAACCAGACAAUACACAUUGAAAACUUAGUUCUUGUGAUAAUAGAUUCAUUGCCUUCGCUGAUGUUUCAGUACCUUGGUGAUGAUAACAAAGUUGGUUUAUCGUUUUUGAACACCUUUGUGAAUUAUGCAAGAUACUUGGGCAAACACUUCAACAUAGCCUUUAUUUGUGUGAAUAUACAAACACGAUGGGUGGAUCAAGAAAAUGCUGAUCUGGAAGAUGAUGGGGAACAGGCUUCUUCAUAUAUGAAAGAAACUCAUUACAAAGAAAAAAGAAACCGUUGCCUCGGUAAAUACUGGCAAACAAUCCCAAUGAUGGUUUUGUUCUUAGAGAAACAAGAGAGAAAUAAUAAUGAUGGGUCUACUCAUAUCUGUUUAAAUAUAACUGUGAUAAACAAUGGUCAACUCUCAGAUAGAAGUACUGGCUGUAAUGUUAUGUUAAAUAAUUUAGGUGUUACCUGAUGUGUGUAAGUCUAGCUUAUUUGGUAGUCUUAUUACGAAUA